CCACUUCAUCUCUCUCUCUCUCUCUUUUUCUUUUCUUUUUCUGUAAGGAUUUUUAAUUCCUAGAGAUAGAGAGAAUGACUAAAAUCUCUGUUGGAUUGCAGCAACUUGUGACAACAGAUUCAAAAGUAAAACUAAACAACAUAGUGAUCAAAUCUUCACUAAGACCAAACCGUUCCAAUUCAAUCAUCUCGGAGCUCUGUUUCCUCAAAACAUGUUACCUUUGUCUGAAGCAGCUCCAUCAAGACAAAGAUGUUUACAUGUACAGAGGAGACUUGGGAUUUUGUAGCAGACACUGUAGAGAAAGUCAGAUUUUGAUCGAUGAAAAGAAAGAACUAGAGGCCUCCACAAAGAUGAUGUUAGCAGCUUACAGACGCUGUAACUCCGGCGAGAACCGGAGUUUGUUGCAUGAUAUGCGGCGGCGACGGCAGCUAUUUAUAGUUCCUUAAAUCAAUUACACACUUCGCUAAUUAGUAAUUCUUGUUUUUUGUUAAUUGUUUGUUUAAAGGGCAAUUGCACUUGAUACACAAGAAAAUAAAAUUAUUUAGGUGA